CGCCCAGCUGAUGGAGGGAAGGUGAAUGACAGGAGUGGCAUUGAUUUAUAUCUACUUUAAUGCAACGUCCGUAGAAUUAUGCCGUUGUUUCAUAAUAAAGAAGUCAUAAACUAGAGUGCGAAAACUCAAUGGCAGGAAACUUUUGGGAGAGUUCUCAUCAUCAGCAGUGGUUGCUAGACCGACAAGACUUGAUACGUGAGCGACAGCAGGAUCUUAUUGUCCUUACUGAGGAGGAGUACCAGAAGAUUUUCAUUUUCUUCUCAAAUUUGAUUCAGAUUCUUGGAGAACAGCUGAAACUAAGGCAGCAAGUAAUUGCUACUGCUACUGUUUUCUUCAAGCGGUUUUAUGCUCGCAAUUCUCUAAAGUGCAUUGACCCAUUGUUGUUGGCACCAACAUGUGUAUUCCUUGCCUCAAAAGUGGAAGAGUUUGGGGUCAUUUCCAAUAGCAGACUGAUCACAACUUGCCAGAAUGUGGUGAAGAACAAGUUCAGCUAUGCCUACUCACAGGAGUUCCCCUACAGAACAAACCACAUUCUGGAAUGUGAGUUCUACCUUUUGGAGAACCUAGACUGCUGCCUCAUUGUGUAUCAGCCAUACCGCCCCCUGUUGCAGCUCAUUCAAGACAUUGGGCAGGAGGAUCAGUUGCUGGCACUGGCUUGGAGGGUGGUCAAUGACAGUCUGCGGACAGACGUGUGUCUGUUAUACCCACCUUAUCAGAUAGCUCUUGGUUGUCUGCAGAUUGCCUGUGUGAUCCUGCAGAAAGACCUGAAGUCCUGGUUUGCGGAGCUGAAUGUGGACAUUGAAAAGAUUCAGGAAAUAGCUCGGUAUGUCAUCAAUCUCUUUGAGCUCUGGAAAUCAUAUGAUGAAAAGAAAGACAUCCAGGGUCUCUUAGCUAAAAUGCCAAAACCGAAAACCCAGCCCAGUAGAUAAAGGGUACUUACUGAGUUUGUGACACAUUUUUAUGACUGGAACAGACCAUGUAGACACUCAGUGUGGCAAAAUAAAGUGUAAUAGUACAGCUAUUUAAA